CUGUCCGGAGGAGGAACUACACCUCAGCUCACCUCAGCACAGCACGUGAAAAAGGUAUUCGAUGGCUCAGGCAGUCAGUGUGAGUGUCCUGCUGCUGUCCUGUGUGUGUGUAUGUGUGUGUUUGACUGAUUAUUACUCAGUGUUAGGAGUUCCUCGCUCUGCCUCAGAGAGAGAGAUAAAGAAGGCUUUCCACCAGCUGGCCAGGAAGCUCCAUCCGGACAGGAACCACAGCCCAGAUGCUCACCACCUCUUCACACAGCUUGCACAGGCCUAUGAGGUGCUGUCUAACCGAGAGAGGCGGAGAAUCUACGACCAACACGGCAAGCAGGACUUCCCUGAUGACCAGCAUGGUUCCUAUGGUAACAGCGAUUUCCUGGCAUUCAGGCUGCAUGAGCUCUUGGACCUGCUGCGGAUGGAGGACGAUUUCACGACAUGGGAAGAUGAAGGUCUGGGUCAGGGGUGGAGCUUUACUGUGUGGGAUGAAGCUGAGGAUGAGGAUGGGACAGAAAACCGGAAGUUGCUUCAGUGCGAGGGCGGAGCUUGUUAGAGAUCUCUCUCUCUCGCUCUCUCUUUCUCUCUCUCUGAGACAUGGAUGGUGAGUGGAAGCGUGUAGCAGUGCCGCUGCUCUGUGCUGCCGGUGUGAGUGUUUUACUGCUGAAAUGGAGAGAACAGCAGAAGGUGAAGAGGAAACUGCAGAGAGCCAGAGAGAAGAGAGAGAAGGAGA